AACUUUACUGAUCGGGUGGCCCACUCUUCAUUGGGACGCGUUCCCGACAUGACGUCAGAUGCAGGCCAGAAUACCCGACUUAACACCAACGGUGUGACAGGCAGUACCCGAGCACGGAAACUCUCUGCCUGUCAACCUGCCUGGUGAGUUGUGACACUCGCACGUUGUCACAAUAAAAAAAGAAAAAACCACUUAUGGCAGGAAAAACGAGUAUUUACACAGGAUAAACGUGUUUUCUCCAUUGUGUACGCGUGUUCGGUCAGCGCUCCAUGUAAUUCUCCCUGGACUUCACAACGAGGGUGUUGAGCAGAAGAGUUAACAGUUAACAGUCUCCAGUCUGGCAGAUCUGCUUCAGUGAAGAAUGGACCUACUGAUGAUGCUGGCGCUAACCUCCUUUGCCUGUCCACUCGUGUGGAGCAAGCUGGACACCUCUGUUUGUAACCAGACAAAGUCUAACAACACAGGCCCGCCGCUGCCCAGGCUGCCGGACCAGCUGACGGUGCAGGUGGAGGUGAACGACGUCAAGCAGAACGUCACUAUUGACGUGCGCGAGUGGCAUGACGGGACGGGUAACCGGGGUGCUGCGCUGCAGUGGGUGGUGGGAGUGCCUCUGAAGUUCAUCUACAGCUACGCUACGAACGAGAUGUUUACUAUCACACAGGUGAAUGGUGGCACCGCCAGCAACUGCAGGGUGGGAGAACUGAAUGCCACAAACCAGCCCUUCCUGUUCGGGGUGCAGGCAGGGGCGAGCGGGAAAAGUCCUCACAUCUACAGCACUGCGCGGGCAUUGAUGUUUGGGGGGGACCAGCAGGAGCAAUAUGUGGGCCGCAGCACAGCGCGUGGAAUACCUACAGACGUGUGGCAGUCUUGUGUGUACUGGCCGGAUCUGUCAGCCACCAUGCUGGUAGAAUGGCACUUUUCAGUGCCGUCUGGGUGGGACACUGCGCUAGGGAGGUCUCAGAUACCUGUUAGGUGUCACAUCAAAGGAAAUAAAGUAAACCAAGGGCAGGUGAUUGCAUUUGAACACAUGUACGAGAUAACACAAUUCAGGGACUACCUGGAAGGUAUGAGUGUCUUUGAAACGCCAGCAGGCACGGUGUGCGCAGGUCGGAAGCAGACUAAGCCGCUACCCGAGCUACCCACAAUGUUCGCCUACAGUGCCGAGGAGCUGAACGUGGAGGAGUCGUUCAUUCAGUAUCUCAAGAAAGCCUACAACUUGAACCGGAAGUUUGCCAUGUUGGAGUUCAUGAAUCCAUUUCCAGCACCCGCCAAAGUGCGGCAAAUCGACGACUUCAACAGCGGUGUAAGCUACUUUAUAGAUAUGGUGCGCGGCAACUGCUCCGUGUCUAUCAUCAAUCCUGAUGCUUUUGAUGCUGUCCGAACCACAUCUGGCCUUGUACGCAUGAGGAGUCCUGAAGAAUUUUUUUUCGGCGGAGAAACAGACUACAGUUACGAGGGCAUUCGCAACAUCCGGGGACUGAACUCAGAGGUGUGGGUGGGCACGAGAUGGGGAUGGCCUCCCAACAAUCCUACGAACGCUACAUGGGAGUACUACUUCGCCAUGCCCGAGUGGACUGAGGUUGCAGGCAUAACCUCCGCACAUCACAUGCCCAUCAGCAUCCACGUCACCUUGGGCCGUUUCCAGGCACAUCAAGUAUACAACCUGUACAAUUUUCGUGACGACGACCCCGACAUCUGGACCUACGACAUCACAUCUUGCUUCGACGUGCGCAGCCUUCGACAGAUACAGAUGACCUUUACAGUAAGGUCACCACAGCUGCAGGCAGUGCUUGACAACCAGCUCGCCUUCAGGCGCUCCUUGAUGGUGUCGGUGACAUCACAGAUUCCUUUGUCCCCUAUACGUGUGAACAGAAUCACUCUGGAGUUCAGGACAACAGCGGUGGAUGUUAGCUUAGUGCUAACGGACAGGGUUCAACUCCCGUAUCCAGUGGUGGACAGACCCCUACAGGAAGUGGAUUUAAACACAGCAGUACAACGCCUUCAGGCUGCCAUCAGCGGCAACACUUUUGUGGUACCUCUCAACCUUACCACUGGCGUCAUGAUACUGAAGGCUGGGCCAUAUUCUAGCCCCACUCCCCCUGCACCUUCUACAUCCCAUACGCCUUCUACACCUCCUGUGCCUUCUACACUCGCCCGUUCUCCACCUACGCCUGGAGGGGCUCAGCGCGAUGCGGUCUGUCCCUCGAAGACUUCAGGUUUUACAGCAGCCGACGUGGUUGGUGCUACCAUGGGAACGGCAGUGGCCUGCUUCUGCCUGGUGUUGCUAGGGCUGUCGCUAUGGACGCGCUGGAAAAGACUGGGGUUUCCUUAUGGACGACAUGAAAUGGAGAUGUCUUGACACGUCUGAGGACUGAGUACUCUGUGCUUUUUACUUCAACAUGGAUUUAGGAAUACAGCUCUCUCUCCUUGAGGAGGAGGGAAUUAGAAAGAACGAAGGAACGCGAUCGUGCGUGAGUGGUGUUGAAGGAUUUGUACCCACAAGGUAGACAACACUGUAUCGAAUGCAAGUGUGGGCAUGAGUGAAUGAGUGUAUUUGUUUGUGUGGGUGAGGGGGAAGGGAUGCGUGUGUGGGAAUGCAUUUGUUGUUGCAAAGAAUAUCAGCCUUGAAGAUUAAAAA